AAGAAAAACAUGGUGGUUGUGUUUUUAUACUUAGGUUAUAAAAACCACUUGUCAUCUUGUGAGCAAUGAGCCGGCGACUAAAUUAUUUGGCAAAACAUAAUUUGACGUAACUGCUGACGUUUCUUUUAGCGUGUUAUAGAAACUAAAGUAAAGUGCUUACUUAGUGGUGACAAUGAGUAAGUGGGGAGAACGCGUGAAGAAGGUUGAGCAACUUGCUCAGUCGUUCACAUCGAAUCCUCUGACUACAACCUACAAACCUCGCCUGUGGCCGUGUCAGCCCUCAUCUGUCUGGAAGCUGUUUCCUCGUCAGAGUACGGCUAUCAGCUUCACGAAGAGCUGCAAAGAGGAUGUGCAUGUUUUUGCACUUGAAAAAGAAGAGACAUCCCUGGGCCAAAGGAUCUACCUGGUUACCAGUUACACUGAGCUGUGGCAUUAUUACAGGACUUACAAACAGUCACUGAUGCAUUGCUAUGAGGUGAUUCCAGAGGGUGCUGUUUGUAAACUCUACUUCGACCUGGAGUUUCAUAGGCUAUCAAACAGUGGAGCUGAUGGGAAAACUAUGGUGUCUUCUCUCAUAGAGUACGUUUGUGGAAAACUGAAGGAAAUUUAUGGGAUUGAAUGUUCUGGUAAAGAUGUCCUCAAUCUUGACUCAAGCACAGAGGACAAGUUCAGUCGUCAUCUUAUCUUCAACCUGCCAAAUGCAGCCUUCAAAGACAACAUACAUGUUGGUAGGUUCAUUCAUGCAAUUCUUCAGCAAGUCCAGAGCAGUCAAAAAGUUGCAAGUGCUUUAGAUUCUAGUGCAGAAAACAGUGGAACGAGAACAAAAGCUGAAAGUGCUGGUGAGAUGACUGAAAGUCCACAGACCAAGAGACGCAAACAUGAAGAAACAGACCUCAGCUUCCUCCGUGUCAAAAACAAGGAUGGUCAAGACUCUCUCUUUGUGGAUCUUGGAGUCUACACAAGGAACAGAAAUUUCCGCCUUUACAAGUCAUCAAAGGUGGGAAAGAAUGCUGCAUUCACUGUGGCGGAUGACAACAAAUUCAGUGCCAAAGCUGGGAAAGGCAUUUCUAGAGAGGAAAGCAUAUUCCUGGCAUCCUUAGUCUGUAAUGUGAGUUUCACAGGUCAGAGAAUCCUUACAUUCUCAGGAGAAACACAAGAAGGUAAAACCACAAAGACUCAAAACCCGAAGGGAUCUGCUACAAAUCAAGCUCUUUCACUUUCUGGCUGCCUGUUAUCUCCUCACCACGAAUUGGACAACUUUGUAUUAACUUUAGUUAAAAAGGACGGGAUACAAGGAAGCAUCAGACGAUGGAACUACUUUGCUGCUGAGCAACUGCUGGUUUAUGACAUUGCUAAAUACCGCUGGUGUGAAAACGUGGCCAGGUUUCAUAAAAGCAACAACAUCAUGAUUGUUGUAGAUCUCAAAGAUGAGGUGUGGUACCAGAAGUGUCAUGAUCCUGACUGUAGGAACUUCAGAUCUUCUAGUUACCCUCUGCCACAGGAGAUCUGUGUCAGCUACAUUAUGACACUGGAUGAAGAGGACCAAGCAUACUUGAUGGAUGAUGCAGGAAAUAUUGAACUCAGCCAGGCACCACACCGGACUUCACAGACCACAGUGUGCCCAACAGAGGAAUCUGCUGACAAGUGGGGCACCGACCAAGAUGACCAAGACUACUUAGAGAGUCUGGACGACUUUGAACAAAACAGCAGGGAGAUCUCAGAUGACCUUCUGCUCAUAUGCAUGGCAGAUUUUGAUUCUCGGUAGAGGGGUGCCAUUCUGCAACAAUCACAACAAGACAAUCAUUCAGAACAUUUAGUCUGCUGCUGCCAAGUACAUCUGAUACCCAGAGGAACAGUAAGUGGAGAUCAGCGCUGAGCCUGUUGUACUUACUGGAAGCC